AUGAUCCUAUAGGGUUCACGUGAACUGGAGGAUUCGUGCAAAUUCGCCUCUAGAUCGCCAAAUGUGAAAGUGGCCUCAAGUCAAAGCGCUUGUCUGUUCCGAAAAAUCAAUACUUGUAUUUACCAUUCUCCUCAACGCGAAAACGUGCGCGUAUGGGUUCCGGCGCACGAAAAUGUCAACAAAAGAACGCAAAAUUUCGACCGUUCGAAUCUGACCGCCAAUAUUAUGUGAUUUUUCAAUAAUGAAAUUCAAGAGACCGAGAGGAUCGAGCUUCCUCUUGGGAUGUUCGUAUUCUGUGCCGCUGUUGUCGUAUCUCGCCUUUUUCCUUCUUAUUUGGACGUUGUCGCUGCCCCUUAGUCCGCUUACGAGGAGAAGUGCAGUCGUUUUGGAAGAACAGUGGCACAAACCGGAGGAUUCCUUCGAGAUUCGUAUGAAGAAUAGCAAUUUCAACUCGGAUAAGGUGAAACCUGAGAUCGAAGCGACUGAGGAGGCGAAGAACGAAUAUUUGGUCAAUACUAACAACAAGGAUAACUUCAACAAGAACCAGAAUGAGAUUCUGCAAGAUGUCUUCAGCAGAGCAGAUAAGAAUAAGGAUAGAAGGCUAGACUCUAACGAAUUAUCAUUAUGGAUUAGGAAGAAAAUCUUGGAACACAUCACUUUGGCUGUUAGCAACAAUUUCAAUUUGUUUUCACAAAUUGACGUAGAUCCAAAGAACGGUGUGGUGACCUGGAAAGAAUACCAUUCCUAUUUCCUCAAGAAGAGAGGUUUCAGCGGUAAAUACUUGAAGAAUCACGACGAAAAAAGACACAAAGGAAUGCUGAGAUCUAUGAAAGAGCAGAUUCUAAGGGACAAAGCUUAUUGGAUGGAAGCAGCAAGGUCGAAUCCAGAUGCUCUUACCGUGGAUGAAUUUCUGGCGUUCACCCAUCCCGAAUCCAGUGCAGCCAAUCAACUAGCCCUAGUUGAUGAACUGUAUGAUAAAUUUGAUCGUAAUGGGGACGAUCUUUUAACGGAAGAAGAAUUUGCUGUACUACAAGCAGAAGGAAACGACGAAACAAUGGUCAUCCGCCAAGAUGAGCAUGAAAGAAGGGCGGAGUUCCGAAAAUCUAUAGACCUGAAUGGUGAUGGCAAAGCAGAUAGGAGGGAACUGCUUCAUUAUGUAGCCCCACAAAGUCCUAGACACAGCGAACACGAAGCAGAAGCUCUGCUGGCCCUUGCAGACGUGGACAAAGAUAACAUGCUCUCCCUAAACGAGAUGCUGGCGCAUCCAGACCUCUUUCUCAAAUCCAAGAUGGUUGACACGGCCAGGAGCUUCCAUGAUGAAUUUUGAACUGAAACGGGAUGAGGGUUUAAUAAAAUACACAAUAACUUCUACAAGCUGGCAUAUACGUGAAAAUUGUUAAUUUUUGAUUCCACAAUUUUAAAUUAUUGUUGAAUCAGAUUAGAGAUCUGUAAGUUGUCGGUAGUAGACCUAUGAAUAGCCAAGAUAAUAGAAAUUAUCACCGCCAAUUGUGCUAAUCAUGAUCAUUAUUUCACCAAACUGUAAAAGUCAAUUGUUAAAGACUGUCAUAGAUACUUCUUGUAAUAUAAACGAUUGACAUCAAUAAAAGAUAUUUUGUAGUAUAAAAAUU